AACAACGCUUAACUCAGGCUUUGAGGCUGAAACUAUUGAGUGGAUAGCACUGAGAACAAGAUUGCAACGAGGAAUAGUAAUUAGGCAAAAGAGCGCAACAAAGAGACGGUCAAGUGCUUGAAUUGCCAUAAUGAUGAGUAUCACAGACACAUCGAUCAGAUGAGGUACGGAAGGGUUGAUUGGUAGGUACAUGAAUGACAAGUAUACCAAGCAACAGGAAAUCAGCAGAAUAUGCAUUGCUGUCGAUCGAGGUUUUUUCUGUGUUAUGUAUGCAUGUUCUUGGUUGUGUAUACAGAGAUAUAUACAUACAUACGGAGAUGUAGCCCCCGCAGUAUUUUGAUUUGGAGUUUUAUCCAUCUGUCCCAACAAAAGCCCAAUACAUGGCCAUUCAGCAUUGAAUAGAUACCAUACAUUGUUCCCUUCCAGUCUUGACAUGGCAGGAUAUCU